AUGUCCAAGUUCAAUGAUGGUACUCAACGUCAGCUUGCUGAGGCAAAUAUAGGCCAUACGGCGUCUACUCCCUUUACCUAUCAGCCGGACUCGGAGGACUUCCCGGGCUUGCCACUUCCUGUCACGGGUACACAGCCUAGUACUGCGGAUCCAGGCGGCCAAAAAACAAAAAGAGCGCGCGCGCGCGGUCUCCGCGUGUAUUUGGAAUGCUUCAUGAAGCGCAUGGGCACUGAGUCCCCCUCCCUAUCCUCCACCCUCGUGGACAGUAUUCGUGAUAGCGGCCAAGUUCGGCUAAGAACAGAGGUUGGUACCGACGUUGAUGAAGUCGACGAAAUUGUCGUGGACCGAAAUUGGACAGAGGAUAUGAGGAACUCGCCAGACCACUCGGAAUACGCUCUGGAUAAUUCAGGGGAUAGCUACGUGGCUCACGUCGGUACAGGGACUGGUACAGGCGUCGGCCAUGAAAGUGCCGCAUUCCUAGAUGAUGGUGGCUUCUUUCGUCAAUUUCUCGUUCUUCUCCGCUGGGAGGUUUGGCCAGCAGUGCAUAGAUUCUUUCAUGUUCGUUUUAACGAUGAAAAGACGGAAGAACGAUAUCAAGGGGAGCGUUGGUGUAUUAGAAAGCUAUUAGCAGUUUGGUCGGCCAUAUUUUUCAUCGCCAACUGGGUCAUCGGAGCAGCAACAAUUGCCACGCCUAUUACCAUACUCGAUAAAUCAUGGAUAUGGGGUUUUAUACCUGCGCAUACCAUUCCUCUCCUCUUCUUGGUCACAUUCGAUUUCCCACUCGACCGCCCAAUACCUUACCAGUUACUUUUAAUGAUCUCAACAUGGUCAUGUGCAGAUAAUACAUGCGGAACAAAGGAUUUCCUCGGAACAUUCUACUAUACCUCUGCAUUACAAACUAUAGCAUUGUUCGGGAUGAGGAUGGAUAGAGUCGCUGCUAUGGUGGGGGCACUGACUUUUUUGAUCAUCUCAAGUACUCUUAUCUUGCCAUAUAAGCCAAUAUGGACCAAGCCUAGCUCACCAAAAAUUCCAGACAUGCUUAAUUUUCUCCUGUAUCACACAUUCCUCUUGUUUGUUCACUACAUGCACGAGAAUUCCGAACGGCGUCUCUUUAUUCUCCGAGAGCAACUCAAAACACAGUUCAAGGCUACCCAGAAGGCUCAAAUUAACGAGCGAAAAGAAGCGGACUCUAAGAGGAGGCUUACGUCAUAUGUCUUCCAUGAUAAGUACACUCUCUCGCUUCUAGGAAUCGUGUCUGACACCGCUCCCAGCAAUCGCAUGGAUAGCGGUCUAUUCGAGAUCUUGUACAAACCUUACAAAUUCCAUGCUGUUAUGCGCUCGUUGUUCAUUCCACUGCGCAUGGCAACAGAUGCCCGCAACCUUGAACUCGUGACUUGUCUUGACGAGACCAUCGACAAAGUUGCGCGACAAGCCGCUUACGAGGCCGCAGGCGACAAUUUGGCAGAAUCCGAGGAGGAUCUGAACAACAAGGAAGACGGUAUCGUUCUCGGGGAUGCUACUAGGCUGCGACAGAUCAUCAAUAAUCUCGCAAGGCCAAAGAUUGAUAUGGGCGAAGACAUGAUAGAGGAGGUACUCUGCGCUCCUGCUGAUGAUUCCGAUCCCCUACGUGAACCAACGACGAGCGGGGGACAAGGCAUGGAAUCCUCAAAAAAUAAGGGCCCACUGAAGCAAAUCGUUGUGCGGAUUGAAGUUAGCGAUACCGGACACGGAAUUCCGCGCAGCGAAAUGGCGCAGGGCAAGCUAUUUUCUGCAUUUAAUCAGACAGAGCAAGGUAGACAACAAGGCGGAAAGGGCACUGGUCUCGGCCUGGCUCUCGUCCGCCAGAUCGUGAGGCUCAGCGGCGGUCGGCUGGGUCUGCGUUCUAAAGUCGGUCAUGGGUCGACGUUUUGGGUUGAGCUACCGCUGGGAGUCGGAGUUAAAGUUGUCGAUGAACCAGACGCGGAGUCGACUCUGCGCGAGAAGCAGCGCACUUUUGAGCUAGCAGGGCCACUAUCAGUAGAUCUACUCACAACCGGUGCCCCAACGCAGGUAGUCUCGACGAACAUUAUGCAGACCAUGAUGGACAAAGUUGACGGCUCUGAAACCCACGGGUCCGCCCGGACUACCAGCGAACCCUCGUCCAAGUUGGGCACCCAGCUUGGCCCUCCACUUCCCACUCCACCUGUCGAUGAGUUUGGCGAGAACCUGGGUAGUCCCGUGAUGUUCUCUCGAAUGGGAAACUCCUCAAUUGACAGCUCACCUACGAUUCACCAGUUCGAAGGCCGUCACUAUUUUCCCAAUUAUCGGGGGUCCCUACCGUUUCCCUUGAGCCGCAAGGGGUCCACGGCCGGCUUUAACCCACCUAUAAUUGUUUUAGUCGUUGACGAUGACCGCCUCACUCGUACCGUCAUGUCUCGAAUGCUGACGAGAUUAGGAUGCAACGUCUCAACCGCUGAAAAUGGUGGGAUCGCGUUGGAGAUGAUAAUCAGCGGUCCAGGAACAUCAAAAGUCGAAGAUGACAGGGUCUUCGACCCUAGUCAUGACAGUGAAAAGGAUCAGAAUGGGGGAGGGACAGAGAAUGGUUGUGCAUAUGAUGCCGUCUUUCUUGACAAUCAGAUGCCCGUUAUGUCAGGUUUGGAGGUGAUCUCCAAACUUCGAGAAAUGGGUAGGGCCGAUUUUGUCGUUGGAAUUACCGGUAAUGCACUCAUCAAUGACCAGAAAGAAUACACCGAGGCGGGUGUGGACCACCUGGUGAACAUGUUGACGAUUGCGGACGAGCGGCGACAAAAAUUAUGA